AUGGCAGUAUGCUCAUUUGACAUGAAGUUCACUUUUGUUUACCCCGGUUGGGAAGGGAGUGCCCACGAUGGACGUGUUUUCAUGGCUGCAGUGUCAAAUCUGGCCUACAACUUCCCACACCCCCCAAUCCAUAAAUAUUAUGUGGUGGAUUCCGUAUAUACAAACAUGCCAGGGUAUCUAGCUCCUUAUCGAGGCCAAAGGUACCACCCAAAUGAGUGGAAUGGGGUGACUACGGUGUUUCAAUGCUCGUCAAUCUCAAAUCGUUACUGCAUGUUGUGUUGUCCACAAUUGGAUCUUAAUGGAGCGGGGAGAGAUGAAUUUUUUGACGAAUUUUCUGAGGAUGAAGAUGAGGAUGCCAAUGGGGAACAAGGAAAUGUUGAGCAGAUCAACAUGUCUGCUGAGAACCUAGCAUUGAUGGCCACUCGCCGGAAUGAAAUUGCCCAAAUGAUGUGGGAAAACUAUUAG